GUUCCUUCCGGUGAAGGGCUACGACAAGACGCACGAAAUCAUGCGUGUGGACGCCACCAUGACCAACUUCAAGGGCCGGGAUCCCACCGAGUCGACGGCGACGAAGCCCCGAGUUUCCGUGACGACGGCGACGACGACGACGGCGACGUCUUCACCGCUGCAUCAUCUGCUCGAUAAAUCGACGGCGGCGGCGGCGACGGCCAAAUUGCGCUGCGCCGUCGUGGCGGCCAACAAUGCCAAACUCGACGACAGGGACUUUUUCCUGGCACCAUCAGCCAUGACUAAUAAGGAAGAUGGUGCCCAGCAAUUCUGGUGUAAGCAUGAUCACAUUCUGAAAAGGAUAAUGCCACAUGUGACAAGGAGUGUGUCAACUCCUUUAUUGGGGCCUGAGGUGAGUGGACCAAUGAGAUGAAAUAAAUGUGUGUGGGAAGUGAAGCCACAUUGCCUGUGAUUUUAUCCUCCUUCCACUUGUCAUGUGUUCUGUGGUUGGAAAGCUGAGGAAAAUUCAGGAUGAGCUUUCUGUUAUUGGACCUGGUUGUGGGGAUCUUCCUCAUCAUCUACUACAUUUUGGAGUCAUGGGUCCUGUUUUUCAUCCCCAAGAGCCUGAGGAUGAAGGACAUUGCUGGACAAGUGGCCUUGGUCACUGGAGGUGGCUCAGGGAUGGGCAGACUCUUGUGCUUGGAACUGGCCAAGAAGGGCUGUAGAAUUGUCACUUGGGACAUUGAUGAAGAAGGUAA